AUGGCCUGUAAUUAUGAAGCCUGGUUUGAAAGGGACAAGAAAUGGUGGUGUCGGGGGGCAGCCUGGAAUUCCUGCAAGAUCCUGGUAGAAACCACUGGAAGAGAGGAGGUGAAGAAGGACCGUGUGACCCUCAGGGAUGACCAGAGAGAGCACAGGCUCACCAUGACCAUAGAGAGGCUCAGACUUGAGGACACAGACAAAUACUGGUGCAAGAUUGCAAGACUCGGAAAUGUUCAGGGUGUGUCCAUCAAAGUGGUUGUGAGCCCAGCACCUACCACCAUGACCACUACUAAGACCACCAUGACCACAAUCACGGGCAUGACAACUACCACCACCAAGAGGGCACUCACAACACCAGCACCCCCAGAAGAGAACAUACUCUCCCCCAGUGUGAUGGGUCUCCCCUCCAACACCACAGGCUCCUCCAUCCCCAUGUUCCACCAUGUCAUCUGUGCCAUGUUGCUGCUUCCCCUUUUCCUGAUUUCCCUGCUUGUUUGGAAAAAGCUGAAGCAACAGAGGACAGGGGAGAGGGGCACCACCCAAAGAUCAGUAGUGAGAGUUGAGCUGGAGAAAAUGAAGCUGCAGGUGGCCAAAGAGAAGACCCACACUGCAACCCCCAUCCUGGUGCCUGGAGCCCUGAGACACAUGGAGUACUGGAGCCGUGAGCCUGAUGCAGAGGAGCAGGAGGAGGUCUACUAUGCGCAUCUGUCUCUGCAUCCCUGUGGUCCAGCACUCAUUUAUGACAAUACAGCCCCUCCGAAGUCACCCAGUGCCAGCAGAAGCCGUGAGGUGGCCAUUGAAUACAGCAGUCUGGAGGCCCAAGACUGA